CCUCGCUGUCUGGGCUGCGGCUCCGGCUGCGAACCUCACGAGUCCAUAUCGGCGGCCAUACGCCCAUACCCAUCCAUCCAAUCUUCUUGCCCCGCCUGCUUAAAAAAGACAAACUGCUUUGCAUUCGUUGACCUGCAACUGCAAGCUCCGCUUUCCAAUCCCUGCUCUUGCCCUCCGUUUCUUCAUCCCAGCUCUUGCAGCAGAGGCGGCCAAUGGCGCAGGACGACCCGGUUGUCUCUGCGCAGUGGCUGCAGCAGCACCUAGGGCAGCCCGAUAUCAAGAUACUGGAUGCUUCCUGGUACAUGCCACACGAGAGCAGGGACGCAUGGCAAGAAUACCAGGUGGCCCAUAUUCCUGGCGCGCUCUACUUCGACAUCGAUGGAAUUUCUGAUCGGACGACUCAUUUGCCACACAUGCUGCCAUUGGAAGAGGCAUUCGCAGCAGCGGUUUCUGCACUUGGUAUCAGUAACCAUGAUAAAGUCAUUGUUUAUGAUGGGAAGGGGUUCUACAGCGCGCCUCGUGUUUGGUGGAUGUUCAGAAUCCUUGGACAUGAUAAAGUUUGGGUCUUAGAUGGAGGUUUCCCUCAGUGGCAAGCUUCUGGAUUCAAUAUUGGAAGCAGCUGCCCUGAUGAUGCAGUUCUGAAAUCCAAAGCUGCUAAUAUUGCUGUUGAAACAGCUUAUAAUGGUGAAUUGGCAAAUGCUGCCACAUUUCAGACAGAGUUUCGACAUCAGCUAUUGUGGACACUAGAAAAGGUCAAACACAAUGUAGCUGCUAAGGCUCACCAAGUAGUUGAUGCCCGAGUAAAGGGCAGAUUUGAUGGUGUAAUGCCAGAACCAAGGGAAGGAGUUAGAAGUGGGCAUAUACCUGGAACUAAAUGUGUUCCGUUCCCUGAGAUGUCUGAUGGUGCACAAACGCUCCUCCCUGCAGAUGAGCUAUCUAAAAAGUUCGAGCAAGCAGGCAUUUCCCUUGAUGGCCCGAUUGUCCUCACAUGUGCAUCUGGUGUAACUGCAUGCAUACUUGCCCUGGGGCUUUAUAGAAUUGGGAAGCAUGACGUUCCGGUUUACGACGGAUCUUGGACAGAAUGGGAAGCGCUGCCAGAUAAUGAUUACCCAAUAGUUACUUCCACUGGCUCUUAAAUCGAUCAUUCUGAGGUGAUGAAUGCAGCUGUCACAUCCUGUGGCAUUCAGCGCAGAUUGUGAGCGCAAUGAUAUUUCUCUGUGGCAAGCUUUGUACCAAAGUCAAUACAAAGGUUAUAGGAAAAAUAAAAUACAGUACCAUUGAUGUUAUAGGAAAGUGUCAACAUUAAGUUUAUAUUGAUGUUGUACUUAACGCUAUUAUUGAAGAAAUCGUGACUUGAAAACAACAAUAAGUUUGUAUUUUAUAUGCAGUAGUGCAGCCAAAUGAGUUGUGCACCAGCAA